AGUAGAAGGCAUGACGGUGUGCAGGAUGAACACUACUGGUGAGCACCCGGUGUCCCUCAACUUAACGUGGGAAGGACAACAGGCGACUCUGAACGACGUGGUGUGGGUAUAUCGUGCCCUGACGCAAGACAACGUCACUCUCAACGUGCCCACCCUCAUCGUCACACCCCCAGGCACCGCAAGUGCUGCCAUCGACGUCUCCUCCGAGGGUGAGCUGCCAACGCUUCUGACAGGAACGAUCACAUGGGGGGAUGGUCUGCCCGACACUGACGUCAACCUCACACAAUUCACCCAACCCGGGGCUGUAGGAAUUAUUGCAGAAUCCUACAGUCACAACUACACGGACAAUGGAAAGUUCUCGGUGCAACUUUCAAUCGGCAACCCCAUUUCAAACGUCCAGGUCACCGGCUCGGUGAGGGUGAUAGAGCGCAUCACAAUGGACAACAUCUCGAUCGAAUAUAUGUCAGCGACUGAUGCUCCCGAGUGGUCACCGUCCGUCUUCAAGGCCGACACAAUGCUCAACUUUACAGCCAUAGUCAAGACUGGUAAUGCCACCAGCUUUGAACUUGUUGUAGAUGGUGAAGUUAUGGCAAGCAGUGACUCAUCCAUCUCGUACAGUUUCCAAUCGGCUGGGAAGUUCAAUGUGAGCAUGGCAGCUUCAGGAGAGGCAGGAACAUCCCCGCCCUUCUUGGUGACCGUGGAGGCGGCACAGUCAUUGAAAGAGUCUGAUAUUCAGUUCUUAUUGCCAGAAAAAGUGGUUUGGCCAACAGCAUACACAACUGCCGUGAUAAAAAUAACAUCAGUGGACGAGUUGCCAAACCUUGUAACUGGUGAUAUUGACUGGGGUGACAACACGACCCUCACAUCAGUGGAUCUGACGGAGAACACACCUGCUCGAACCACAGGAUCAGUGACAUUCAAUGUGACUCAUGUAUACCAAGAGCCAGGAGAGUAUCUGGUGUCCCUCCGUCUGGUAAAUCCCGUGUCUCGAGUCACCACCAAUAUCACGGUUCGAGUGCUGGAACAUAAUACACUCGACACAAACUUAGUGGUGUAUCAUACAUCAUCUGAUGCCCCGGCCUGGAACACGACCUACUUCAAGACGAACGUUCAGCUCAACUUAACCGCUGUGGUGCUGACUGGUGCCCCCGACAACUUUACCCUACAAGUGAAUGGAGAAACCUUUACAAGCACUUCUCCAUCCUUCGUCUAUACCUUCUCUAAUGCUGGGGAAUACAACAUCAGUAUUGUGAGUUCUGGUGAGGCUGGCGAGUCUUCCCCAGCGGUCACAACUGUGCAGGUAGCAAGAACUUUGACCGAGGAGAACGUCCAGGUGAUGGCCCCAGAUAUAUCGGUGUGGCCUCACGCUGAGACAGAAGUGAUGAUCGUAAUAAUGGCACCAGGAGAAUUGCCAACCCACGUGGAAGUUACCAUCAUGUGGGAUGACGACGCGGCCGACACAUACCUCGACCUGCAACAGGACACCCUUCCUGGAGCCAUAGGAGCUGUGUCGCAGAACGUCACCCAUAACUACAGCCAGCCAGGUGUCUACCAGAUCACCAUCACCUUCAGUAGCCCCGUGUCUCAGAUCAACGUCACCAAGGAGGUGAGAGUUCUGGUUCACCUCUCAAUCAAGACAGUCAUGGUGGAGUACCAGAAUGAAGUUGAUGCACCACAAUGGAAUGCCACAAUGUUCAAGACCGACGUACCUCUCAACUUUACUGCUGUGGUUGAGACAGGCAUCGCUACCAACUACACCUUGUAUGUGGAGGACCAAGUGAUUAUUGAGAAUGAACCGUCCAUCAUCUACACUUUCCAGUCCGCUGGAGAAUUUAGUGUGAACAUGACAAUACAUGGCGAGGCAGGAGUGUCCCCAGCAAUGAUCUUGAUGGUGACAGCUGUACAGCCUUUACUGGAUGAACUCGUCAACUUGACCUUACCUGACUUUAUAGUUUUGCCUCCAGGCGUAGCGACCGUGAUGAUCGUAGUCACACCCUCAGAGGAAAUCCCAACCUUCAUAGAAAGUUACAACGUGACUUGGGGUGAUGGUGGGAACACUACGGGAUCUGAUAUGCUCGCCGAGACGCAGCCAGGAGCAGUUGGGUCAGUCAUUAGGAAUCCCACUCACAACUACACCGAGUCUGGGGAGUUCCUGGUGACUCUGACUGUAUUCAACCCCGUGUCUGUAGUGAGCGUGUCCAAACUGAUGACUGUGCUUGAUGAACUCGCCGCCGGAGCCAUCAUUGUGAACUACCAGGACGAAGCCGACGCCCCUCUGUGGUACUCGGCUGCCUUCAAGACUGGCAUACCUCUCAACUUCACCGCCGUGGUCUUGAGUGGUGACGUAACAAGCUACACUUUCUACCUGGAAGGCCAAGAGUUUAGCAGCGACACACCCUAUCUUAUCCACACUUUCCAGUCGGCUGGGGAAUACGUGGUGAACAUGACAACAUCUGGCGAUGCAGGAAUGUCCCUGCCCGUGACCACGACAGUGCUAGUACAGCGACCUGUCCUAGACGAACACCUUGCUGUCAUUGUACCUGAGUUUGUGGUUUGGUCUUUAGAUAUAGCAAACGUGACAAUAACACUGUCAUCAUUGGGAGAGUUACCAACCAACAUGACACUCACCAUUGGCUGGAGUGACGGUGAGGCAGAUAUGGAUCUGGACCUAACUGGAGAGACGGCUCCUGGCGCUCUGGGCUCAGUGAUGCGGGAGGUGUCUCGUAACUUCAGCCAACCGGGUGAUUAUGUGAUCAUCCUUCACGCCUGGAACUCUGUCUCCCGCGCAAAUGUGACCAAAACGCUCCUAGUACUGGACCGCUUGACUCUGGGCGGUAUCCUGGUGGAGUACGGAGAUGCCAGCGACGCUACGGACACCCACAGUGAGGUGUUUAAGACCAACGUCCCACUCAACUUCACGGCUCUGAUCAACUCUGGGGAAGCAGAGGAGUUUACACUUACUGUAAACCAGGAAGUGCUCGUCAGCACCACUGCUUCAUUUGUUUACACCUUUGAGAAUGCUGGGGAGUAUCAGGUCACCAUGAGAACGUCAGGAGAAGCGGGAGCAUCAAACAGUAUGGUGAGCUGGGUGAAGGUAGCGAGGCCCCUGGGGAGAGAGGAUGCUGAGGUAGAGGCGCCAAAGUUUGUUGUGUCGCCGCCUGGUAAUAUUAACGUGACCUUUACACUAACAUCACCGGAAGAAGUCCCGACCAAUGUGACGGGUUUGAUCAGUUGGGGGGAUGGGAAACCUCCUGAGGAAGUCACUCUUGAGAGAGACACACCAGCAGGAGCUAAGGGACCCAUAUCACUGAUCCUGAGGUAUAUAUACUCGAAGCCUGGCGACUAUGGACUUAACUUGUAUAUGAAGAAUCCUGUGUCUCGUCUUAACCUUUCUGAACUGGUGUCAGUGGUACAGAAGCUGGAACUCACCGACUUAGUUAUAACUCUGAAGGAGGGUGAUGAGAGUAAGACAAGACCUCAAAGUUUCUACUACAUGACGGACAGUGUGAACAUCAAUCCGGGCAGCGUCAAGGGCGAGGUAGACAACUACACUCUGUCAGUCAGUGGCCGAGACGACCUCAUGCAGACAACACCCAUCUUCACCCUGACUUUUGAUAGAGAGAGUGACUAUGAGGUAGCUGUAAUAGCAGAGGGCCUGGCAGGAGCUUCCAACGUUGUGUCUGGAUGGGUGCGGGUUCGUGAUAGCUUACAUGAUCUGGAGGUCGAGGUGUCUGACAUAGAAACUCGAGUUGAUCUGGAGAUUUCCUUUAAGAUACAAGCGCCAGUAUUCCUCGGUGCCUGCCUCACUGUCGACCUCGGGGAUGGUUACUUGGUGGGCUGGAAACGAACUGAUAAGUGUGAAGGUAAAGAGGCUGGUGAGGUAGAAUGGGAGACAAAACCGCUCUCAGAAUCAGUGACUUUUUACUAUGAAUACACAACGCCAGGAAAGUACGAAGCAAAAAUUCGAUUGUUCUCUAUUAUGGCAGAACUUGUGGAAAAUAUCAAUAUUACAGUUUUUGACACUCUCCCUUGCGAUCAUCUUAAUGUCUGGAUCCAGAAGAAUGGCACCUUGGAGGCCCCAGUCAACAUAACACGUGCAAGCAAGCUUUGGGUCAGGAGCUUCGCUGAGGUUAAUUGCAGUGUCCCUGAAAUAAGCAUGGAAAUCAACUGGGGGAUGACGCGUGUGAACGAUAGCAUGGAGGAGGACCUGUCAGCUGUGGACACCACCAAGGGCGUCUUGUUCCUGCCAGUGCGUACCCUUCACUAUGGUCUGUAUCGUGCCAUCGUGUCAUACAACAUCUCCAUGACAAAUACUAGAGGUUCAGACGUGUGGGUAGCACUAGAGGCAGAGUCAGUGAUCCAAGUUGGCAAAAGUGACUUGAUGGUGUUGAUGGUGAAGGGCGGCGCCCCUAGGAUCCGUCGUGGGACUCUACAGACACUUACCCUCACACCAGGACACAUCUCCUAUGACCCAGACUAUCCUGAGAUACCGCUCAUUUCUUAUGUUUGGUCGUGUCGUAUGGAGAAUGAAGAUCUACCAGCACGAGGUGUGGUCUCUGAUAAGCCAAACAACAGAAAUAAAUACGAGGGGAAGAAUGACAUGGGAGGCUGCUGGGGGGAAGGACCUGGCUGGAUGUCCCUAACAAAGCCAACCUUCACUAUUGAUAUCGACAUUUUCCGAAAUCCCGACAAAACUUACAUUCUUCAAGUUAUUGCUAGUAGUGUUGAUGGGCGUCAAGGCACGACAGCAGUGGAGGUGGAGGUGGUGGUGGGCGACCCACCCACUCUGGUGUCCGGAUGUUCCCCUCCCUGGUUCUGUACACAGAUCCCAGGGGCUCAGCUGGUCAACCUCGCCAAGGUCAUCAUCAAGAGUGGCUGUGAGGUGAUGCCAGGGAAAGAAGCCAUCGGUGAGGACGGGUGUGGGAAGGUUCCUCUGUUGUACUCCUGGAAGGUGUUUGGUGUAGAGCCGUCGGGUGCGAGGACACUCCCACUUAACAUUACUGGUGUUACUAUAGGAGCAAGCCAGUAUAAGCUAGCACUCCUGGAUGCCUUCUGGGAGAUAUAUGGUUCCAUCUACCAACUGUUUGAUGUACAAGUGACGGCUCAGCGCCCAGGAGAAACCGCUCAAGGUCUUGCAGUACAACGCCUCCAGAUCAACAAAGCACCAGAGGGCGGGUCAUGUAGUGCAGAGAUCUUGACUAUCACGGAGGAGGAGGAGGAGGGGGUGCAGGUGGGGGUGCAGGUGGAGACAAGAGUUGGGAAGGUUGUGCCCACGUUAGCCGUUACAGCUCUGGUUGACACGGUCGUCUGUAACUGUACUGACUGGGAAGAUCCUGAAGGCUUUGAAAUACCUAAAUACUCCUUCUUUGCCUUAUCAGACAAAGGUGAAAAGAUGAUCUUAGCUUUUGGGUCGAGUAGUGUGGGUCAGGUGGUGCUGCCGUACGGUAACCUGUCUCUGUGGGGUGCCGUCAGUGAUCACAUGGGAGCUGAGACACAUUACCUUAUCGCCAACAUUGACUCUCUCCUGCCCACCAAGAUGGCCUUUGAUGAAUACUUGGCCAGAAAUGAACUGACGAAGGCGGUGGGUGCUCGUGACCAGACAAAGGUGGAUAUGUUGCUCCGAGCCGAGAAGUCCUUGAAGGGCAUCACUCUCUCUGCCGAAGAUGAGGUGUCAGAGUCUUCAGGAGAGGAGCCAGAGCAAGAUGAGAACGCGUCGCUGGAGAAGAACAAGAACAUGUUAGGAGCCGUUGACAAGUUUUCUGUGACUAACAUGGAUGAAGUUAUCCAGGUUAACAACAUUCUGGGAGCUGUAGCUGACCCACUACCCAAGGAGAACCAGGGGUCGGCAGUAGAUAUGUUGGUAACACUGUCGUCAGCGGCAGAUAAAGAGGCGCCACUCUCCCAGCAGAAGGAUUUCGUGGCUGGAGCCCUGGCCACUACUGCUAACCUCAUGAAAGGUGUUAAUAAAAGCGUGAAGAAGUCGAAUAGUACCAACUCGACGAAUGAAGAUACUUUCAAACUGAUGAAGAUGACGAGAGCAAGAAGAAUGAAAAGAAUGGCAGUUAACGAGUCCUUUGAAAUAUAUGAUGAAGAAGAAGAUGUGGAAAUCGCUCCAUAUGAACCAAGUGAAGACGAUCAGGAUGCAAAUGAGAAGGUGGGGAAAAUGCUUGAUGUCGUCGGGGCCUCACAGGGAGCACUGCUACAAUCGUCUGUCGUGGGGGAAGAACCAGCUAAGAUUGAUGCUGGGGACCAGGUCAAUAUGGCUGUUGGUUUCUUUGAUGCUGCUGACUUGGAGGGAAGAGUUGUGGAGGUAGGGGGAGCCGUGUACGUGUUCCCCGGCUACUGCGCCAUCACCAGACAGGAGGCCAGCUGUCUCACCAAUAAGUCUAUCACUAUAGGUGUACAGAUGGCUAAGUGGAAGGGUCAGGUGCAUGGGUACGGAGGAGGUCGGGACCAGCUCAGUGAGGACUCAGCCACUGUCCAACUCUCCCUCGUGGACUCGAUGUCAAUGCCCAUCCCCGUCAACGACUCUCUCGAGGACUUCAUCAUGUAUAUUCCAAGAGCUCAAGAAACAGUCUCGGAGCCAACACUAAUUGAACCCACCGUAUCACCCCUCAUGGCCCUCAGCAUCCACAACAUCUUCGUGCCAGCACCUCGAGUCGGGGUCACCGUGUUGGUCCGGCCUGAGAAUGACUCUGACGUGGAUGAAUGGGUCUUGGCCUGGUCCUCCUCAACACUCAAUGGUUCACUGGAGUUUACGGAGAAUCUUGUGUACUUCAACAACCUGACUUACCAUCCAGACACUGGCUUCUAUGAACUCUUCCUCGACUCUGAAGUCAUCGACGACGUAACGGGGAUGUACUCUGUGGGUAUUGGCCGGUAUAACGUGACCAUCCCUGAGCCCCAAGAGCACCCAUGUUUCGAGGACCCCCCCAACAACACUAUCCUACUGAGUUAUGACACCCAGUUCAACUCGAGUUAUUACUUCAGCACCUUCACCUCCUCCUGUCUUUUCUUCGACAAGGAACUUCUUACCUGGAGCAGUGAUGGUUGUAAGGUAAUCGGCGCCAACUCUACCGUAACGAUGUGCUCGUGUAACCACCUCACCUCCUUCGGGUCUGGCUUCUUCAUCAUGCCCAACACCAUCGACUUCUCCUACGUCUUCGCCAAUGCUGGUUUCACCGACAACCUCACCAUCUAUCUCGUUCUCAUUAUCUCCAUAGGACUCUAUCUCAUCGGCCUCAUCUAUGCACGAAUUAUGGACAAGAAAGAUGUGGAGAAAGUGGGAGCGACGCCACUACCAGACAACAACCCUGACGACCACUACCUCUAUAACCUAAUGGUGCACACAGGCCAGCUCCCCAGUGCUGGUACCAAGUCGAAGGUUCAGUUCUUGUUGGUGGGUGACUGGGAUGAGACAGAUGUUCGGACCCUCAACGAAGACGACAAGCGAACUCUGUUGACCAGGGGAGCCUCUGAUCAUUUCAUCAUGGCCACAGAAAGGCCGCUGGGACCACUCCACUACCUCAGGAUCUGGCACGACAACAGCGGUAAGGCGAAGGAAGCUUCCUGGUUCUUUGCCUAUAUGGUGGUGCGGGAUGUUCAGACCGGCGAGGAGUUCCAAUUCAUCUCAAAUCAGUGGCUGGCUGUUGAGGAGGGAGAUGGACAGGUUGACCGUCUUGUGGCCGUUGCCGGGGAGCAACAACUCAAGGACUACUCUCACGUCUUCGGCAAAACGGUGCAGAAAAAUCUUGCUGAUGAUCACCUGUGGUUCAGCGUGUUCCUACGGCCGCCUCGAUCACGGUUUACCAGGGUACAGAGGCUCUCGUCUUGUAUGGCGCUCCUUUACCUGUCCAUGCUGGUCAACGCGAUGUUCUAUCAAAGAGUGCCCGACGAGCCUGGUAGUGGAGGCUUGAAUCUAGGACCAAUUAGUGUGUCUCCGGAGGCCCUGGGCGUCGGCUUCAUAAGCAACCUGAUCGUGUUCCCGCCCUCCUUCUGUAUCGUCUUCUUCUUCAGGAAAUCUCGACCCAGGAAAGAAAAAUCGUCUCGAUUGAAAGCAGCUCUCAGUAAACAGAACCCGUCUGUCUACGGUGAUGUGGAGGCGUCAGGUGGUAUCAAGACACAUCCUUCCUCUUCAUCCUCCUCCUCCACCUCCACCAGGACCACCAGGAAGAAGCUCAUCACCCCAGCCACCGUGAACACCGACAAGAGGAGUGUUGACAGUCAUGAUACUAAGUUGAAGAGGAAGAAGAAGCUGACACUGCCGUGGUGGUGUGUCAUCAUUGCUUGGGUCCUGUGCGCCAUCAGCAUUGCCGUGGCGGUCUUCUUUCUCUGGGCGUAUGGUAUCCAGUUUGGCAACGAGAAGGCGACCAAGUGGCUGACGGCGCUGAUAUCGUCUAUAUUUUCCAGUGUUCUCUUCACGCAGCCUGUUAAGAUCUACCUCAUGGCCAUGUUACUGUCGUGGAUCCUCAAGAAACCUUUAGACGAGUUCGAAGACUACGACGAUGACGAGGAAGAGUUCGAACUGGGCAGUGACGAGGAACUUCUUCACAGUCCUCCCAGCUCACAAGGUAGCCGUAAACGUAAACGCGCCCAAGUAGGAGCGGGUCUCUCAGAGGAGGAGCUGGCCGCCGCGAAGGAGCGAAGGAAACAGGAACUGGCCAUGCAAGAGCUACUGUUGGAGAUUUUCGUUUACCUCAUCUUCCUCACCAUCAUCCUCUCCAUCAGUCACGGAUCUAAGGACCCCAAUACCUACUUGAUGAGGACCAACCUGGCGGACACGUUUGCCCACUCGUCGUCAUCCACCUGCCCUGAGUUUGCUAAGAUUAAUCAGAACAAUCACUUCUGGUGCUGGGCAAGAGAGGCUCUGGUGCCCAACCUACUCAACACAACACUCUACAACGGUGAGCACCGCCCUCAGGAGAUGUGUGGGACUCUGGUAGACCGCAUCACCUUCCUCCUGGGUCAUCCUAUCAUCAGGCAGAUACGAGUUGGCCCUGGCGAUCCCGAGCAGCACCCAGCAGCCCGAGCUAUAACAGACGACGAGCGAGACUUUGGGACAGGUUGGAACAUCUCGGGCCCGACUGACUCAAAGUUCGAGUACAGAUCUGCACUACAGAUUCACGGCUUCCCUUACGAUGGAACGCUGGCAAGUUAUGGUGGCGGAGGCUACCUGGUGGAACUGAGAGGCACAAUGUCUAAAGUUAUGUGGAUUUUGGACACACUGGAGGCUCAGGAGUGGGUGGAUGAACACACUAAAGCUCUCUUCGUUGAGUUUGCUGUCUUCAACCCACAGGUAAAUCUGUUUGCUGUUACGAUGUUUGUGAUUGAGUUUAUUCCUGGUGGAGGGGUUCUUCCUAAGUUUGAGUUCCAGGGGCUGAAGCUGCUACGGUAUCACACUCCUGGCGGGGCUUAUGUCCUAGCUGUGGAGAUUCUCUACAUCAUCUUCACCUUCUUCUACACGAGACGCGAAUACAAGUCCUUAAAGAAGCUUGGCUGGUCAUACUUCAAGUCAAUAUGGAAUCUUUUCGAAAUUUGUGUGAUUAUUCUAUCAUAUAUUGCUAUUGUGUUUUACUUGUUAAAAACUUCAUUGACGUAUUAUCUUCUGGAAAAAUUCGUAGCAACCAAAGGCAAGAAAUACAUCCGCAUACAGCCAUUAGCCUUUCUGGAUGAUGUUCUCAGUUACGUCAUCGCUUUCCAAGUGUUCAUCGGUACCUUAAAGUUACUCAAGCUCCUGAAAUUUAACAGACGUAUUGGUAUGUUGUCAGCCACACUGAAAGACGCCGCUGUGGACAUUCUGGGCUUCGGUCUUUUCUUCAUAGUUUUAAUUUUCAGUUUUGUCACUGUCUUCUACUUAAACACAUUAACCUACGUCAAGGAAUUCUCCACGUUUAUCAAAGCUGCUGAAUCGAGCUUCUUUGUCAUCAAUAAAAAGUUUAAUGACAUACAGGCCGCGUCCCCAAUUCUUGGUCCAAUAUUUUACUUCACUUUCGCCUUCAUAAUGUACUGGAUAGUGUUCCAGCUCCUCAUCGCCAUUAUCUGUCACUCCUUCGCUAAAGUGAGUCAGGAUAUAUCACGUCAGCCUAAUGACUAUGAGGUAGUGGAGUACAUCAUCGCCCGAUUGUCUGCCUAUCUCUCGGCUCUACGACCCAACAGUGUUCAAAAUGUCAACAUCGCGCCACCGAAGCCGCCAGACGUCAAGUCCCAGUUGUGGCACAUCAACACCUCUCUAGAUCGUUCUCUGUCUGUUUUAGACCGCUCGUUGCCCUCAAAGAAAGGAAAAGGAACGUGAUCAGGAAAAUAAAAUAUACAAUAUUUUGUAGUUAAUCAAAUACGUAGAUUAUUUUUGUGAAUAUGAGGUUGUUGGUGUAAUGCUUUAAAGGUAAUCAUAUAAAUGAGCAGCAUCGUAUCUAUGGUAGUAGUAGUGAAAAAAUAGUCAUUUGUAGUGUUUUGGCCAAACUUUAUUUUCCUCAGCUUGUGAUUCACAUACCCACCAAACUUAAAGGUUUUUCCUGGUUCACGUGAUGUGUGGUGUACAGGAUGAUUCACUUGUUUGUUAUUAAUGAUGUUUUAGUGCUCUCUCUCUCUCUCUCUCUCUCUCUCUCUCUCUCUCUCUCUCUCUCUCUCUCUCUCUCUCUCUCUCUCUCUCUCUCUUUUAGAUUACGGUUAUAUUAUCAAGACUCAGAGACUACAAUGGAGUGAAUCACCAUAUAAAGUAGCACAGUAAAAAGAAUAUAACCCAUUAUUACAUAUAACUACAGUACAAUAGGUAGAGUAGAUCUUGCUUCUAGUAAAGUAUUCAGUAGCGGCCUUAAUGAUAACCUAACACUUACUAAUAUAUUAUGUUACGUUUUAACACUGCAUCAAUAUACAUAGGAGCAUGCCACAUAGAACUCCAGGCUUUUUAACAUACUCUCUCUCUCUCUCUCUCUCUCUCUCUCUCUCUCUCUCUCUCUCUCUCUCUCUCUCUCUCUCUCUCUCUCAAAUCCUCUUUUAUCACACCACUCUUCAUAUGGCUUUGGUCUAAUGUUUCUUAUAUAUAUAAUAAUAAUAAUAGUUGUACCUGUACCUGACUUAGCUAUUUAUUGAUAUAAGACGUAGCAUCUCACUGUGUAAUAAACUAACAUAUUUGUAGUACAGUAUGUAGUGAAAAUUGUGAAUAAAAUAACUAAUAGAAUACUA